AUGAAUUCUAGCCUGCUCACCAAGGCCGCUGCGCCUGCACGAGUCCUGGCGCAAACCCAGUUCGCCAGCCGACCUAAGCUCCGAGAAUGCGUCGGCAAGAGGGCCCGAAUCCAUACGGCCUCAUAUCGCGUGACGCCUCGCGCCCGACCGACCAGUCAACGAAACAAUUAUACCCCUUGUUCGCGACGGUCGUUCCAUGCCACCAACGCUCUCGCCCAAAAAGAUCCCUAUAAGGCUCUCGGUGUGAGCAAGAGCGCGACCGCCGCCGAGAUUAAAAAGGCCUACUAUGGCCUCGCGAAAAAGUACCAUCCCGAUACGAACAAGGAUGCGACCGCCAAGGACAAGUUCGCCGACAUCCAAUCCGCCUACGAGAUCCUGUCCGACCCCAAGAAGAGGGAGCAAUAUGACCAAUUCGGCGCGGCGGGCUUCGACCCCAGUGGUGGCCCUGCGCCGGGAGGCGACCCUUUCGGCGGAGCGGGCAACCCAUUUGCGGGUUUCGGAGGGCAGGGUGGUUUCGGCGGGGGCUUCAACUUCGAGGACAUCUUCUCCGCCUUCACUGGACAGCAAGGUCCGUUUGGCGGGAGGCGUGGCGCCCGGGGCAGCCCCUUCCAGCAGGAGAUUUUGGUCGGCGACAACAUCGAGGUCCAGGCCAGCAUAUCGUUCAUGGAGGCAGCCAAGGGCACGAGCAAGACCAUCUCCAUCACUCCACUUACCACGUGCGGGACGUGUACGGGUAGCGGCUUGAAGUCAGGCACGCAGCGGUCUCCAUGCAAGGCUUGCAACGGGACCGGCACUCGGUUGCACUUCAUGCAGGGCGGCUUCCAAAUGGCGUCGACAUGCGGGACCUGCGACGGCACUGGCUCGACGAUCCCCAAGGGCUCCGAAUGCAAGACCUGUUCUGGAAACGGGGUGGUCCGCGAACGCAAGACGAUAACCGUUGAUAUCCCCGCCGGCAUCGAAGACGGCAUGAGACUCCGCGUCGACGGCGCCGGCGACGCCCCUCCCACUGGACGAACCGCCGACCCCAACACCCGGUCGCAGCGCGGCGAUCUAUACGUCUUCGUUCGCGUCGCCAAGGACCCCAAGUUCAGCAGGGAGGGGUCCAACAUCCUAUACACCGCCAAUAUACCCUUGACUACGGCCUUGCUUGGUGGCCAGGUUUCUAUCCCCACACUGGACGGGAGCGUCAACGUCAAGGUCGCCACCGGCACCAACACCGGGGACAAGAUGACGAUGAGCGGCAUGGGCAUGAAGCGGCUUGGCUCGCGGAGAGGUGGCUCCGGAGAUCUGAGAGUCGAGUUCAGGGUCAACAUGCCCAAAUACCUCAGUGCGAACCAGCGAACAAUUGUGGAGAUGCUGGCCGAUGAGAUGGGCGACAAGACUGCGAGACGUGUUAUGAAUGUCUCGUCGCAGCGGCCCACGACUGAUCCCUCAGACCCGGAGUCGCACAAGAACGAAGGAUUCCUCAAGUCCAUGUGGCACACGCUGACCAACCAUCCGGCCCACCAGAAGGACGGCGAAGGCGAAUCUAGCACUAGCAAGGACGACAAGAAGCAGGACGACAAGAAGCAGGACAAGCCCAAAGACGAGCCCAAGAAGUCUGACUCGACGUCAGGCUGA